UGUUCUGGAAGCCGAAAGAAAGAGUUAGCUGAAAGCAAAAAAGGCAGAGCAAAGAAGCUUACUUCACGAGCUCUCUCUCUUUCUACAUCUAUAGGUGUGCAUAUAUAGGUGAUGAUGUGGUGAGGAGAUUCACAGUACAGAAGCCCUAAGGAGUAGCUGGAAAUUUGCUGAUCGAGUUUGUUGAGACUUCACGGACUUCAGCUUCAUCUCUGUCAUCUUCAACCAACUGUUCGACGUCAAUCCUGUGAUUAAGCUCUCGCCACGUUGUGGGUUUAGUUGGGGGAUGGUGGUGAGGAUUUAGGGCAAUUUUUAAGGCGGUUGAUGAUAAUGCCAGUGCGUGCUUGUUGCUGAACCAAGGGAGGAGAAAACUGAGGAGAUGGAUCGUACGGCUGUGACGGUGGGACCGGGGAUGGAUGUGCCGAUCAUGCACGAUAGCGACCGGUACGAGCUCGUCCGGGACAUCGGUUCCGGGAACUUCGGUGUUGCGAGGCUCAUGAGGGAUAGGCAGACUAACGAGCUCGUCGCUGUCAAGUAUAUCGAGAGAGGUGAGAAGAUUGAUGAAAAUGUGCAGAGAGAAAUUAUAAACCACAGAUCAUUAAGGCAUCCCAACAUUGUCAGAUUUAAGGAAGUCAUAUUGACACCGACUCAUUUGGCUAUUGUAAUGGAAUAUGCAUCUGGUGGAGAGCUGUUUGAGCGGAUUUGCAAUGCUGGUCGAUUCAGCGAGGAUGAGGCACGGUUUUUCUUUCAGCAACUAAUAUCAGGGGUCAGCUAUUGUCAUUCAAUGCAAGUAUGCCACCGAGACUUGAAAUUGGAAAACACAUUACUGGAUGGGAGCCCAGCACCACGUCUAAAGAUAUGUGAUUUUGGAUAUUCAAAGUCUUCGGUGCUGCAUUCACAACCGAAGUCAACUGUUGGAACUCCUGCAUACAUUGCACCUGAAGUGUUGCUGAAGAAAGAAUAUGAUGGCAAGAUUGCAGAUGUGUGGUCUUGUGGGGUCACCUUGUACGUAAUGCUAGUUGGUGCUUACCCUUUUGAGCACCCUGAUGAGCCGAAAAACUUCAGGAAGACAAUACAGCGAAUCUUGAAUGUUCAGUACUCAAUACCAGAUUAUGUUCACAUCUCCCCAGAAUGCCGUCAUCUGAUCUCAAGGAUCUUUGUAGCUGAUCCUACACAGAGGAUAUCCAUUCCUGAAAUCAAGAAUCACGAGUGGUUCCUGAAGAACCUCCCUGCGGACCUCAUGGAUGACAAUACAACCAAUAACCAGUUCGAGGAGCCAGAUCAACCGAUGCAGAGCAUUGAUGAAAUCAUGCAGAUAAUAGCGGAGGCCACCAUUCCAGCUGCCGGGACUAACAGCCUCAACAAUUAUCUUACCGGAAGCUUAGACAUCGACGAUGACAUGGAAGAAGACUUGGAGAGCGACCCUGACCUCGACAUUGAGAGCAGUGGAGAGAUAGUAUACGCAAUGUGAGAUGUGCACAGGACAGCUGGGUGAACACAACAUACAAUACCCGCACUGCUCUAUACUUUGAAUCUAUUGCCAGUCUCUCUUUGGUGUGAAUAUUACAGGACAGACUCAUCCCCCACCCCAUGGCCUUUUCAACUGCUUGUUUUCUUUCAUGCUUUUGUUCUCGUGUAAUGUUCAUUUUCUCUCUGUGGCAUCUUAUAUAAAACAUCACUGUACUGCUUUCAUAAUCCAUACUUGACUUUCUCUUUUGUAAUUGUACAACAAACUCCAUUUCCUCUUUCGCCC